AUGGGUAACUCUCUUGACUCCGUGUUCGAAAAUGAAACCUGGUUCUCUGAUGGUGGUCCAUGUGCUGUAUUUGAUAUAACACCGUUCGCUUCUGGUCAGCGGCUCGUGGCCUUCAAGGGUGUUAUAACACAACCAAUGGCACGCAGUCACGUGAUUAAAGUAUUCAGAGAGAAAACAGGACAUGCUUGGGAUUCGUCGUAUCGACGCUGUUUAAGUUACCUGGAAAGUAGAAAUAUGACCCAGAAAUAUCUAGAAGAUUUCGGUGAAAAUAUGUUAAGUUUCCUCGACCUUCGCUCGGCGGAAAUGGACAGAGUAUCGCUGUUUACAAGUCAAAUCCUUACCAGUGACAAAUGCCAUAAACGCCGUCUUUGUGAAGAUGACGUUGUAGUUUUUGAGCAGGAUCUCGGUAAAAACUUUAAAACUUUCAUAGAACGUGAUGGAACCGUGAGCAGUAACUGUUGCGGAAAACUUCAGGAGUUUGUUCAUUUCGUUUACAACGAGUCAAAAGGGCAAGAAAUUGUGACAGGUUUAAAAGGAGUAAGAGUAGGUCAGAACUUCAAACUUACGUCACCAUCCAUGAAUUCUGUAAGUAAAAAAUACGGACCAGAUGACUUUGGGGAAGAGGCAAUGCUUAACUUCUUUGACAGCCAUACAUGUACCGACGUCUGCGCACAGUGGCCAAAACCUAUAAUUCUACAUCCGUUUCCUUGUUUAGAGACAUUCAACAAAACACAUGAUGAAGUGACAGCUACUACAGAUAACGGGAUGUUCAACGGUGACAUGCCGCCUGAGUACAAUCCAAAAUGGCGGAUUGAUUUUGAGAAUUCGUUUUGCAGACAAGAACCAUCCGCGCCCCCAGCCUAUGAUAAUGUUACAUGA